GUGGAGAUGGUGGUACGGCUAAUGAGGGCUAGUACUACUGAUGUAUACGUAUAACGGGUGACAGCAGCAGAUACACAGGACAUACUGUUAAAAGAUCCUGAAUACGACAAACACACAUGACGAGACCAAUGCUGUUGUUAGCGUCAGCCGUCCUGAUGUUAGGAUUGUUUUCUGAGAGCGUGGUUUUUGCACUGACCGCACCGGAAGUCCAGAUGUUUGGUGUUUCCGGUCAGCAUUUAGCGACAGUUUCUGUGACAACCGGAAGUACCACGUACACUAUCACAUCCUCUGGUUUGCCGGAUCAUGACUGGCAGAUGGUCAACCCUAACACUCCACUGUCACAGAACCAUCAGAUAAAGAUACUCAUUACCCCAAACGUAUCCACAACAAAGGGUUGUCUCCCCAUGGGAAAGAUAGGCCUCACUAGGACAGGGGUGUCACUGUUCAACCCUCUUGCUUCAGACAGCCGAAACGCUGUUGAGGGCCCGAGUGCCGAAACGUUUGAUAGCUGUGAUGGACACACCACGAGGCAUGGUGACUAUCACUACCACAAGUUGCCGUCCUCGUGUCUAUGGAAAAACGAAAGAGACUAUUUCAUCGGCGUUGCUAUGGACGGGUAUCCAAUAUAUGGUCCAAACACAACUGGGUACGACACUUGGCUGAAGACCACAGACCUUGAUGACUGUCACGGAAAGACUAUUGGCGGGAAUUACCGGUAUAUAGCUACUGUAGACUUCCCCUACCUGCUCGGCUGUUUCCAUGGUGAAGUGAUUGACACCAAAAUUCGCACUUCCGCUGUUUGUGGAGCAAGCUCUAGCGCUAAAUUCGCACAAUGGGGAGGAUACUUGUGUAGCUGUGAUGGUGCCAGCUGUCUGACGCCAGCUUCUAUCUCGAUGUUGUUUAUCAUCAUCGUCGUCAUGUCUAGGAUCUGGGAGUGAAAUAAACAGAAGACUGGCUUGUGAGAAUGGUAUUUAACGAAUGAAUAUUGUUUUCUCAAAAGAAAAGCAUAAGUAACAUUAUCAAGCUUAUUUCUUAAAAUGCGCGGAACUAAUAUUUUUUUAUCAAUAAUAUUAUUCCACUUAUAAA